GAACGGGAAGCGCAGCGUCUUCUCUUCUCCUCUCAUCUCCUCUUCCCGGCAUCUACUCCUGCUUCCAAUCUCCCGCGCCUCUCCAUGGCGGAGGAGGGGCGGGCAGCGGCGACCAAGUACGUCCUCAUCACCGGCGGCGUCGUCAGCGGGCUCGGAAAGGGCGUCACCGCCAGCAGCGUCGGAGUCGUCCUCAAGUCCUGCGGCCUCCGCGUCACCUGCAUCAAGAUCGAUCCAUAUUUGAACACCGAUGCUGGUACUAUGUCCCCCUUUGAGCAUGGUGAGGUGUUUGUCCUUGAUGAUGGUGGAGAGGUUGACUUGGAUUUGGGGAACUAUGAGCGUUUCAUAGAUGUUACUCUGACCAGGGACAACAACAUUACCACUGGAAAGAUAUAUCAGUCUGUUAUUGAGAAGGAGAGAAAGGGUGAUUAUCUCGGAAAGACAGUCCAGGUCGUUCCUCAUGUAACUGAUGAAAUAAAACAGUGGAUACAAUCAGUGUCCUCUGUUCCUGUGGAUGGGCAGACUCGUCCAGCUGAUGUUUGUGUUAUUGAAUUGGGAGGCACUGUAGGUGAUAUUGAGUCAAUGCCAUUCAUUGAAGCCUUGCGCCAAUUGUCUUUUUCUCUUGGCAAGGAGAAUUUCUGUCUCAUACAUGUGAGCCUUGUUCCGGUAUUGGGUGUAGUUGGUGAGCAAAAAACUAAGCCAACACAACACAGUGUACGAGAAUUGAGGGCCUUGGGUCUGACACCUGAUCUUCUAGCAUGCCGGUCAGCACAGCCACUAAUAGGGUCCGUUAAGGAGAAGCUUUCACAAUUUUGCCAUGUCCCGGUUGAGAACAUACUUAGCAUCCAUGAUGUUCCAAAUAUAUGGCAUGUCCCACUUAUUCUUAGAAACCAAAAGGCUCAUGAAGCUAUAAUCAAACAGCUAAACCUUGCUAGGUCUGCUGGACCACCUGAGCUACGAGAUUGGACAGAGAUGGCUGAGUCAUAUGACAACCUCAAGAACUCUGUUAGUGUUGUCAUAUGGUAUUUGAUUGUUGGUUGGCUCUUCUUUUGGUGCAGAAUAAGUCUGAAUAUCUAUAUAAUGCAGGUUAAAAUUGCAUUGGUUGGGAAGUAUACUAAUUUGACAGAUUCAUACCUAUCAGUGGUGAAGGCUCUCCUACAUGCCAGUGUUGCCUGUUCAUUAAAGGCAUCUAUCCAGUGGAUUGCCGCUUCAGAUCUUGAAGAUGCAACUGCAACAACUGCACCAGAUACUCAUGCAGAAGCCUGGGAAACUCUUAAAGGUUCAUCAUGCAUUUUGAUACCAGGAGGAUUUGGUGAUCGUGGAAUCUCGGGGAUGAUAUUGGCUGCAAAAUAUGCUCGUGAGAACAAAGUUCCAUAUCUUGGUAUUUGCUUGGGCAUGCAGAUCUCGGUGAUUGAGAUGUCCAAACAUCUUUUGGGCCUGGGAGAUGCAGACAGUGAAGAGUUUAACAAGGAUACACCAGAUCGUGUUGUUAUGUACAUGCCCGAGGUUUCAAAAACACAUAUGGGAAACACGAUGAGAUUGGGCUGCCGGAGAACAUUCUUUUGCAAACCUGACUGUCUUACAUCAAAACUGUACGGAAGUCCUCCACAUGUAGAUGAGCGUCAUCGUCAUAGAUAUGAGGUCAAUCCUGCCUUCGUUCCCAUGCUUGAAAAUGCUGGUCUUCGGUUUGUUGGUUGUGAUGAAAGUGGAAAUAGGAUGGAGAUUGUAGAGCUAGAAGACCACCCCUUCUACGUAGGUGUUCAGUUCCAUCCAGAGUUCAAAUCAAGGCCUCGAAGACCUUCACCUCCAUUUACAGGUCUAAUAUUGGCGGCCACGAAGCAACUGGGAACAAUUUCGAAUAACUCAAAUAGCUACGUUGGAGCUUCCGAGUAAUGCCAUUCUAACAGUGUCAGGUAAAAGGGUUCUCAAACCUGGUUAUUCCUCGAAGCCAUUUUCUCAGCCUAUGUAACCGCGUAUUUCUGAACAUCCAGUUCGAGUGGAACUCUUGUUUUACUUUCCCAGAUGGAGAUCUCCCUUUGGGCGGGGAGUUCAAGCAUUGUGCUCGUUGCUGCUGAGACUCAAGCUAUUUCCUUGUACACGAUAAAUGUACCAGAGAUAAAACUGAGCUUGAAGAGAAUUUUGGUUGUCCUAGAGGCCACUUGAGUGUCGUAGCUGAUCAUCAUAGUGUACCGGGUCGUAACCCCAUGAUUUUGUUUGCUGUUCUAAGCUUAUUGCCUGAUCCUCGCGACAACAGCUAAAGCUGCCAUGUUUAACCCUUACCAACGUGGUAUACUGGUAUCCCCUCUCGAUGUCGUGUGGAAUCCAAAUGAAUUGUGGAUACUUUGAAACGGAA